AUGAAUGGGUUAAUGGGGGAUGGAGAGUGUUUUCAGAUGAGGUGUUCAGCUCACAUUUUGAACUUGGUGGUAAAUGAGGGUUUGAAAGAUAAACAUUUAUCUGUAACUAGUGUUAGAGAUGCUGUUAGAUUUGUUAAGUCCUCACCUCAUAGGGCAGCCAAGUUUAAAGAAUGCAUUGAAUUUGCUGGAAUAACUUGCAAAAAAUUAGUAUGUCUUGAUGUUUCAACUCGUUGGAACGCGACAUAUUUAAUGCUAGAGGCUGCGGAGAAGUUUCAACUCGCUUUUGAAAAGCUUGAGGAUGAAGAGUCGAGCUAUAGGGAGUUCUUUGGAAAAGGUAAUCCCCCUAGUAAUGAUGAUUGGGACAUUGCUAGGGCUUUUAGCGUUUUCCUAAAGUUAUUCUAUGAAGCAACUAAGACUUUUUCCACCUCUCAAAAUGUGAGUUUGCAUACUUGUUUUCACCAAGUGUCUGCCAUUUAUUGUGAGUUAAAGCAAGCUACUUUGAACUUAAAUGAUUUUUUUGCAAGUGUGGGUGGAGAUAUGAUGGAAAAAUAUAAUAGAUAUUGGGGAAGUCCUGAUAAGAUGAACAAGAUGAUAUAUUUUGGUAUUAUUCUUGAUCCAAGAUACAAGUUGAGUUACAUUGAGUGGGCGUUUAAGGACAUGUAUGGAGUUGGAUCAAAGUUUGGUAGUGACUUGGUAAAAUCUAUAAAAGAGAAUUUACAAAAGUUGUAUGAUUGGUAUAAGCAAGCUUAUGACCAAGAACAUAAUUCCAUACAGCCUCUUGGUAGUGGUGGAAAUAAUGUCUCCAAUGAUGAAACAAAUGCAUUUGCUGCCCGUUCAUCACUUAUGGCUAGAGCUGAUGCUUUUGAGCAACAUUUAGAGGAGCAAGACUCGAUUGAUCAACAAAAUGAGCUUGAGGUGUAUAAUUCUAGUAAGUGUGUCAAAAGGGAUCCUAACUUUGACAUUCUUGUGUGGUGGAAACGUAAUUCAAUCGAAUAUCCUAUUUUAUCUACAAUGGCUAAAGAUAUUUUAGCCACACCAGUGUCUACUGUUGCUUCUGAAAGUGUUUUUAGCACAAGAGGGAGAGUCAUAGAAACCUAUAGGAGUUCUCUAACUGCUGAAAUGGCCGAGGCUUUAAUUUGCACCCAGAAUUGGUUAAGGCCUUCUUUUACCUAUUUCAAAGAUAUGAAUCUCAUGGAAGAUUUUGAGCUUUCAGAAGAUAUUCUAACAAGUAAAUUUAUUACUGAAUUUCUAAUAAAUAUGAUUUUUUUCCCCGUCACUCCAUCCGUUUGGGAAGUGAAAGAAGAAGGUGAAGGCUCUGGAGCUGUUAAAGAAGAGACUGCCCAAACUGUUGUCGUCAUUGAGCAUUGGUAUUUCACUCUUUUUAUCGAAGCUCUACUAAAUGCCUUGAAUGAUGAGACUCAGAGAUUACAGGAACAAGUAUAUUUUGGACAAAUAAAAUCUCACACUGAUGUAUUGGACAAGCUCCUAUCAGAAGCUGGUAUUCAACGCUAUAAUCCUCGGAUUAUUUCUGAUAACAAACCAAGGUUCAUAUCUCUUGCGAUGUUUACUUUUGGAGAGGCAUCUAUACUAAACGGGAUUAACUAUUUGCAUUCUCCUGGAAGUAAGUUGUUUGAUAUGUUAAAAUAA